UAGAUGAAAAACAACAACAACAACGUCAAGUGCUUUCAAAUUUAAAAUAAAAGUGCAGUGCAACAACGAGCUAUGUUCAACGAAACAUGUAUAAAUCGGAAUCGGCAACGUACAACUUCAGUUUAAUAAUAUAGUGAACUGCGACUCCUAAGUGAAACUCACUCCAAUUUUAAAUUGUGCCAAAAAUCUAAAUUGUAAAUCACAUAUUAAAAGAUAAAUGAAUGAGUAAAAACCGCACUAAACAAAUUCAACAAAUGCGACGUCAAAUCAAAUACAGUGUUAAUUAAAAUAAUAAAAAAAAAAAGUGCAAGAAGAAGCAGCAAGCGUGACUACCCCUGUUUACAUAGUGUAGACUACCCCCUGAAAGAAACAGCACACACAAUUUGUUGGUGUCAAUUAUACGGGGCAGCUGUGCACAUAAUUUGCGACGCGACUGUAAACACAAAAAGCCGUCAAACUGUGGGGCUCCGGGGCAUUUUUUCUUCCUCCGCACGGAAUGUAUUAUCCGCACAUGGUGCAGGCUGGCGUGGCGCCGUUUCCAGGCGCACCAGCCGGCUAUCCUGCCGCGCCAGGACCAGCGGCAGCGGCCGCUGCUGGUGCGCCCACAGCGGCAGAGAGCCUGUCGCUAGCCGUGACAGCAGCCGCCAUCAAAACUGAGCCCGGCAUGCAGCUAAAGGCAGCCACCGAAUCCUCAACAGCGGGCAAUGGCAGCACAGGAGCAGCUGGUGUCGCACCAGCAGCCGUGGCAGUGGCCACCAGCGUGGCAGAUGGCAUUGCUGUCAAUGCCCCGAUGUACAUCCAACAAAAGACAAAUCUGUCAACACAACAACAACAACAACAGCAACAACAAACACAACAGACACAGUACAAUGGCAGCAUUAGCAAUGGGACCGCAGCCCCAACUCCAGCCACACUGCCAGUGCAAGCAAGUGGCACAGCAGGAACAACUGCUACGACGCUGGUCACGCAACAGCAACAGCAGCAACAGCAGCAGCAGCAGCAGCCACCCGCACCUCUGACAAAUGGACACGCGAUGGAGCAACUGCAGCAGCAGCAACAGCAGCAGCAGCAACAGCUACCGCAUACCCCACAGAAUGUGCUCAGCAUUUCCACAGUAUUGAUUGCCAACGAAGCAGCGGAGGCACAGCAGAACUCGACACUGCCCCAUUCUGGUGGAGGCGGCAGCGGUACUGGAGCUGGUGGCGGUGGUGGCGGCGGUGGCGGUGGUGGUGGUACGCCCAGCUCUCCGCUCAGCAGCUCACCGUCCAGCGUUUCAGUCGCCCCGACAGCAGCAGCCGCGCUCAACGGCAACAGCAACAGUAAUAGCAUCUCGAACGAUGGCAACGUCUCGGGCAACACAUCACCUAUUGCCAGCGGUGAGCCGCUGCUGCAAACACCAUCAACUGCACAGCAACAACAACAACAGCAGCAGCAACAGCAACAACAACAGCAGCAGCAACAACAACAGCAGCAACAACAGCAACAGCAGCAGCAACAGCUCAACUUAAGCAGCAGUCCCACAGCAACCACCUCGGUGACAGCCAGCUCCAUAGCUUCGGGCGCAUUGGCCGCCACCAGCAGCAGCGUCUCGUCAGGAAUACUGCCCACAGCCGGUCUGGAUAGUAUUGCCAACUGCGGCCAGCCCGCCAGCACCUCACAGGUGCUAGCUCACAUGAACGCCGUCAGCGGAAUCAUAACUGCGGCCGUGCAAUCGCCCAAUGUGGUAACUAGUCUAAACCAGUCGGUGUCCUCGUCGGUGGCCGCCGCCGUGGCCGCUGCUGCAUCGCUGGAUGCCAAGAGUCAGCCCAAGCGCUUGCACGUCUCCAAUAUACCGUUUCGCUUCAGGGAUCCCGAUCUGCGUGCCAUGUUUGGGCAAUUUGGCAACAUUUUGGACGUGGAAAUCAUCUUCAAUGAGCGCGGCAGCAAGGGAUUCGGUUUUGUAACAUUCGCUAACAGCAACGAUGCAGAACGAGCACGCGAACGUCUACACGGCACCGUGGUUGAGGGACGCAAAAUCGAGGUGAAUAACGCCACUGCACGUGUACAAACCAAAAAAGUGACAGCAGUACCCAACGUUGUACUGACCAAAGAUGGUGCCCUACCGGCUCCAGCUCUAGUUUGCGUACAAUGGCCUGAAGCCGUAACUGCUGCUGCCAUGCGUGGAGUUGCCAUACAACAUGGAGUUGCCUUCCAUCCCCAUCAUCCGCACCAUCAUCCGGCGCUGGCAGCCGCCGCGGCCGCCGCUCAGCAGCAACAGCGACGUCAGGUGGCCGCCGCAGUUGCUGCCCAACAGCAGCAGCACCAGCAACAGCAGCAACAGCAGCACCAGCAGCAGCAACAACAACAGCAGCAACAACAACAGCAGCAGCAGCAACAGCAACAACAUGCCGCAGUCGCUGCCGCCGCCGCUGCCCAGCACUCACAGCACGCCGCUGCCGCCGCCGCCGCCGUCGCUCACACACACCCGCAUGCCCAUGCGCAUGCGCUCGCGCCUCAACUAGCCCAGCUGCAGCCGACGCUGCAGGCCGUCGCCGUGCCCACUGCCGCUGGCAGUGCUGCGGCUGCUGCCGCUCAGCAGCACUCGGCGCUGCAGCAAUCCCUGGCAGCGGCCGCAGCCGCACAGAACCCAGGUGUGGCGAACAGUGCGAGCGCCGCCGCUGCCGCCGCGUACGCGGCACGGCUAUCCGCUGCAACGGCAUCCCAAACGCCGGCCGCUGCUGCUGCGGCUGCUGCUUCCAUGGCAGCGUCGGCUAAUGCGGCCAACAAUGCUGCAGCUUUGCAUGGAUUUGCGCCCGUAUACUAUGAUCCCUUCUUAGCAGCCGCUGAUCCAAAUCUACGCUUCCAGGCAGCCAAACCGGUCACUGAAGUUCCAGCCGCACAGCCAGCCGCCAUAUUAAAUCGCCGCACUGUGACUACGCUAAACAGUACCCCACAUACGAUCAACCGCAUUCCGGUACCACAGAAUGUUUUGGCCACUGCUCCGCUGUUAAAGACACCCCUGUCUCAGGCCCAGCAGCAGGCGUAUGCCACGGCGGCCACCACCUACACGGCGGUCGCUGCCCGGGCCUACGGGGCCGCGGCAGCUGCUGCCGCCCAGCCGGCACUCGCUGGCUAUGCCACCGUAGCGGGUUACGCGCGCGAGUAUGCGGAUCCUUAUCUAGGACAUGGAAUCGGACCCGUGCCCGGCUAUGGGGCAACCAUGUAUCGCGGUGGCUACAAUCGUUUCACGCCAUAUUAAAAAGCUUCAGAAGUCAGCCAAAAAACGCAAUUGAACUACUCUCGAAAAUGCUCAAUGUAUGAACAAGAAUUAGACGUAAAUACUCAUCCUCCUACAGUGCAGUAUGUAGCAGUUCAAUCUAUAUACAUAGAUCCAGACGCGCAAAAACAGAUGCUCAAAGAUGAUCGACGGAACGCAGAACCCACUCAAAAACACAAAAUGGA